CGUUAAUUUGGAGACAUCCAAACUAUAUACAUAUCCCUACAUAUAGAGAUAAACAGAUACACGCACGUAAUCAUCUCAAUUAAAUUCGGAAGAAAAUAAAAGUAAGUAUUACUAAAUAAUGGCAGCGGCGACUUCCAGUGGUAACGGCGCUGGUGGUGGUGGUGGGGCGGCGACGUUGAAGCGGACGGAGUCGAUAGCAGAGAACAUGCCGGAAGCGCUGAAGCAGAGCAGGUACCACAUGAAGAAGUGCUUCGCCAGCUACGUGGGAAUGGGGAAAAGGCUGCUGAAGCGCGCCCACUUGAUGCAUGAACUGGACGCCACCAUCGACGACCCCACCGAACGAUCCAAGGUCUUCCAAGGCACGCUUGGCUACAUCCUCUCCUCCACUCAGGAGGCGGCAGUUGUGCCUCCUCAUGUGGCCUUUGCUAUAAGGCCGAGUCCCGGGUUCUGGGAAUACGUAAAAGUGAACUCUGAAGAUCUCUCGGACGUCGUGUCCAUCUCUGCUUCUGACUACUUAAAAUUCAAAGAGCUAAUAUACCAUCGAGAAUGGGCGAAUGAUGAGAAUGCAUUGGAAGUGGAUUUUGGGGCACUUGAAUUCUCAAUGCCUCACCUUACCCUCUCUUCUUCAAUAGGAAGUGGGAUUGGCUUCGUUUCGAAGUUCAUGACCUCAAAGCUAUGUGCAGGAUCAGGAUUACACAGCGCAGAGCCUCUUCUUGAUUACUUACUCUCACUCAAGGACUACAGGGGAGACCAACUGAUGAUAAAUGAGACGCUGAACACAGCGACAAAGCUUCAGAUGGCGCUGAUUGUGGCGGAUGUGUACCUCUCUGCAAUUCCCACGGGCACACCGUUCCCGAGCUUCGAGCUUAGAUUGAAGGAGUGGGGGUUCGAAAAGGGAUGGGGCGACACUGCAGAGAGGGUGAGGCAGACAAUGAGAUGGUUGUCGGAGCUGCUGCAGGCUCCAGACCCCCUCAGCAUGGAGAAGUUCGUUAGCAGGCUCCCUACUAUUUUUAAUGUCGUAAUAUUCUCCCCACAUGGAUAUUUUGGGCAGUCCGAUGUUCUCGGUUUGCCCGACACCGGUGGCCAGGUAGUUUACAUCCUUGAUCAAGUCAAAGCCCUGGAAGAGGAACUAACUCUCAGAAUAAGGGAGCAAGGGCUCCAUGCCAGUCCUCAAAUCCUCGUGGUGACGCGGCUUAUACCGGAGGCUCGAGGGACAAAGUGCAACAUGGAGUUGGAGGCAAUCCAUGGAACCAAACACUCCCAUAUUCUCCGCAUCCCAUUCAAAACGGAGAAAGGGGACAUUCUUCGCCCAUGGCUUUCUCGUUUCGAUGUUUAUCCCUAUCUUGAGAGGUUCACUCGGGAUGCGACAGAAAAGAUAUUGGACCUGAUGGAAGGAAAGCCAGACCUCGUCAUAGGAAACUACACAGAUGGGAACUUGGUGGCAUCUCUCAUGGCAGGCAGACUGGGGAUAACUCUGGGAACCAUUGCUCAUGCCUUGGAGAAGACUAAAUACGAAGACUCUGAUGUCAAGUGGAAAGAUUUAGACCCCAAGUACCAUUUCUCCUGCCAAUUCACUGCUGACACAAUUGCCAUGAAUGCUGCAGAUUUCAUCAUCACCAGCACGUAUCAAGAGAUCGCGGGAAGCAAAGAUAGACCUGGGCAGUAUGAAAGCCACAAUGCUUUUACUCUUCCGGGGCUCUGCAGAGUUGUUUCCGGGAUCAACGUCUUCGAUCCCAAGUUCAAUAUUGCAUCACCGGGGGCCGACCAGUCUAUGUAUUUCCCUUUCACAGAAAAACAGAAGCGGCUCACAACAUUUCAUCCUGCCAUUGAAGAACUACUUUAUAACAAUAAAGGGGACACUGAAGAGCACAUGGGAUAUCUAGCAGACACGCAAAAGCCCAUCAUCUUCUCAAUGGCAAGGCUUGACACGGUGAAGAACAUCACUGGGUUAACCGAGUGGUAUGGGAAGAACAUGAGGCUGAGAGAAUUAGUUAACCUUGUUGUUGUUGCGGGUUUCUUCCAGCCUUCCAAAUCGAAAGAUAGAGAGGAAAUGGCUGAAAUUAGCAAGAUGCACUCGCUAAUAGAGAAAUACCAGCUGAAAGGUCAGAUUAGAUGGAUUGCUGCACAGACUGACAGACAAAGGAAUGGAGAACUCUAUCGAUGUAUAGCUGAUACAAAGGGAGCUUUCGUGCAGCCCGCUUUAUACGAAGCAUUCGGUCUUACCAUUAUUGAGGCGAUGAACUGUGGGUUGCCUACCUUUGCUACUAAUCAAGGAGGCCCCGCCGAAAUUAUUGUUGACGGGGUCUCCGGCUUUCAUAUUAAUCCCAACGACGGAGACGAGUCCGGUUAUAAAAUUGCUGAUUUCUUUGAGAAGUGCAAGAAUGAUACUGGAUACUGGAAUGAGAUUUCAGAAGCAGGCCUAAACCGUAUAGAAGAAUGCUACACAUGGAAGAUAUAUGCAAACAAGGUGUUGAACAUGGGUAGUAUUUAUACCUUCUGGAGACAAUUGAACAAGGAACCGAAGCAAGCAAAGCAAAGAUAUAUCCAGUUGUUCUAUAAUCUCCAUUUCAGCAACUUGACCAAAAAAAUGCUCUUGCCACCAGAAGCACCUCCACGCCCAGAACCAAAGGAAACACUCAAACAACAGCCCACUCAAAGGCAUGUUACACCAUACUAAUUUACUUUCAGGUUGUUUGGAGUGUGAUGUUUGAAGACAAGAUACCUUCGGUUGGAUUGCAUCUUUUAGCAUCUAAUAUUGCCAUUUGUGUCGUUGCAUGCACAUUUUUUUUUUUUCCUCCUGAUUCAUUGACAGUCUAGUACCUGGUCAAGGUCUCGGUGAAGCUGUUGUAUUUAAGUCAAUAAAGGGCAAGCAUCCCCCACACACAACCCCCCCCCCCCCCCCCCCCCCCCCCCCCCCCAAAAAAAAAAAGGAUGUAUUGUGCAAUAAUUUUAACAAUACAAUUUGUUACAAUGUGGUUUAUGUUUAAUGAUGCAGAAUAACAAAUGUAUAAAAUGUUAGAGAAUAGAAAACAUUUCAAG